AUGCACUCUGUCCUCCACGACUGGCCAGAUGACAAGUGCAAGGAGAUCUUGUGCCGUACGACGGCGGUGAUGAAGCCAGGCUACAGCAAAUUGCUGGUCAACGAGAACUGCAUUCCGGACACCGGUGCCGACUGGCAGAAUACGGGACAGGACAUCAUGAUGCUCACCCUCGUCAGCAGUCGAGAACGCACGAGGGUCGAGUGGCGAGAUCUGCUGGAGAAGGCCGGGUUGCGAAUUGUCAACAUAUACGGAGGUGGAAACGGGGUGGAAAGCCUGAUUGAAUGCGAGCUGGCCUGA